CAGCUUGCGCCGGCCGGCCGGUCCGGCGCCGGGCCAUGGCGCUGUUGCGGGAUGUGUCGCUGCAGGACCCGCGGGACCGCUUCGAGCUGCUGCAGCGUGUGGGGGCCGGGACCUAUGGCGACGUUUACAAGGCCCGUGACACCGUCACGUCCGAACUGGCCGCGGUGAAGAUCGUCAAGCUAGACCCAGGGGACGACAUCAGCUCUCUUCAGCAGGAAAUCACCAUCCUUCGUGAAUGCCGCCACCCCAAUGUCGUGGCCUACAUUGGCAGCUACCUCAGGAAUGACCGCUUGUGGAUCUGUAUGGAGUUCUGUGGAGGGGGGUCGCUGCAGGAGAUUUACCACGCCACGGGGCCCCUGGAAGAACGGCAGAUAGCCUAUGUUUGCCGGGAGGCACUGAAGGGGCUCCACCACCUGCAUUCUCAGGGGAAAAUUCACCGAGACAUCAAGGGUGCCAACCUUCUGCUCACUCUGCAGGGUGAUGUCAAGCUGGCGGACUUUGGGGUGUCAGGUGAGCUGACGGCAUCUGUGGCCAAGAGGCGGUCUUUCAUUGGCACUCCAUACUGGAUGGCGCCAGAGGUUGCUGCCGUGGAACGCAAAGGUGGCUACAACGAGCUCUGUGACGUCUGGGCCCUGGGCAUCACUGCCAUUGAGCUGGGCGAGCUGCAGCCACCACUGUUCCACCUGCACCCCAUGAGGGCCUUGAUGCUCAUGUCGAAGAGCAGCUUCCAGCCACCCAAGCUCAGAGACAAGACACGUUGGACCCAGAAUUUUCACCACUUCCUCAAGCUGGCCCUCACCAAGAACCCCAAGAAGAGGCCCACAGCUGAGAAGCUUCUGCAGCACCCAUUCACAACCCAGCAGCUCCCUCGGGCCCUCCUUACCCAGCUCCUCGACAAGGCCAGCGACCCCCACCUAGGAACCCUCUCCCCUGAAGACUGUGAACUGGAGACCCAGGAUAUGUUUCCAGAUACCAUCCAUUCCCGGGGCCAUCAUGGUCCGGCUGAGAGGACCCCCUCCGAGAUCCAGUUUCACCAAGUGAAAUUUGGUGCCCCCCGCCGGAAGGAGACGGAUCCUCUUAAUGAACCGUGGGAGGAGGAGUGGACGCUGCUGGGAAAAGAGGAACUGAGUGGGAGCCUGCUGCAGUCGGUCCAGGAGGCCCUGGAGGAAAGGAGCCUGACCAUUCGGCCAGCCUUAGAACUCCAGGAGCUGGACUCCCCAGAUGAUGCCGUGGGAACCAUCAAACGGGCCCCGUUUUUGGGGCUGCCCCUUACUGAGCCAACACCUGAUGACAAUGCCCAGUCCUGCUCCCCAGGAACCCUGUCUGCACCUCCACCUGGCCCUGGCAGCCCACCAUUGCUGCCCACUGCCUGGGCCACCCUGAAGCAACGGGAGGACCCUGAGAGAUCAUCCUGUCACGGCCUUCCUCCCACCCCCAAGGUGCACAUGGGUGCCUGCUUCUCCAAGGUCUUCAAUGGCUGCCCCCUGCAGAUCCACGCUGCUGUCACUUGGGUUCACCCUGUGACUCGAGACCAGUUCCUGGUAGUCGGGGCUGAGGAAGGCAUCUACACCCUCAACCUGCAUGAGCUGCAUGAGGAUACACUGGAGAAGCUCAUCUCCCAGCGCUGCUCCUGGCUCUACUGUGUGAACAAUGUGUUGCUGUCACUCUCAGGGAAAUCCACGCACAUCUGGGCGCAUGACCUUCCAGGGCUUUUUGAGCAGCGGAGACUGCAGCACCAGGCUCCCCUCUCUAUCCCUACCAACCGUAUCACUCAGCGCAUCAUCCCCAGGCGCUUUGCCCUGUCCACCAAGAUCCCUGACACCAAAGGCUGCCUGCAGUGCCGUGUGGUCCGCAACCCCUACACAGGCAGCACGUUCCUGCUGGCCGCCCUGCCUGCCAGCCUGCUUCUGCUGCAGUGGUAUGAGCCCCUGCAGAAAUUCCUGCUGCUGAAGAACUUCUCCAGCCCUUUGCCCAGCCCGGCAGGGAUGCUGGAGCCGCUGGUGCUAGAUGGGAAGGAGCUGCCACAGGUGUGUGUGGGCGCAGAGGGGCCUGAGGGACCUGGCUGCCGAGUCCUGUUCCAUGUCUUGCCCCUGGAGGCUGGACUGACUCCAGACAUACUCAUCCCGCCUGAGGGGCUACCAGGCUCCGCCCAGCAGGUGAUCCAGGUGGACAGGGACACGGUCCUGGUCAGCUUCGAACGCUGUGUGAGGAUCGUUAACCUGCAGGGUGAGCCCACCGCUGCACUGGCCCCGCAGCUCACCUUUGACUUCCCUAUUGAGACUGUGGUGUGCCUGCAGGACAGUGUGCUGGCUUUCUGGAGCCAUGGCAUGCAGGGCCGAAGCCUUGACACCAACGAGGUGACUCAGGAGAUCACAGAUGAGACCAGGAUCUUCCGAGUCCUGGGGGCCCACAGGGACAUCAUCCUGGAGAGCAUUCCCACUGACAACCCUGGAGCACACAGCAACCUCUACAUCCUCACAGGUCACCAGAGUAGCUACUGAGCUGUCGCCCUGGCGGCGCCCAGGCCUCAGUUGUCACCUCCAGCCUCUGCUGGGGCCCCAGAGGGCCGACCUGAUUCUGAGAAGUGUUGGGGGGCAGGGAGGGGAGGUAGCCCACCCCCCUCAGCAAUAACUGGACCAGAGGAAGCUGCGACCACCUACCCUCCCUGCAGUGUUACCCCCCAGUGCAGGGGGCCCUGGGCGGGAUGGGGCUGCCUGGCUGAUCCAUUCCAUUUUCUCAUUUUUCCUUUCUGUUCUUUCUGCCAAGAGCCUGCCCCAGGUUCUAUCCUGGGCAACAUGUAUUUAAGAGAGAAUUAUAUUGGUAUUAAAGCUGGUUGGUUUUA